GGAAAACACUCCCAGGAGUCUUUGCGAGUUUGCUCUAUCAAAUGAGGACAUUGCAGUGCUGACAGUGUAGUAGCAUCAAGUCUUCGAUAUAUAAAUUGGAUAAAUGAUGUUCUUUUAUGAAUGGUUAUCCUUUUAGCACACUCGUUUGCAACACUUAGCUACGAGUGUUUGACGUGCACAGGACGACUCUAUCCAUGGUCUGCGCCAUUGACUGAGACAGCCCAGCGUGAAACCGGAACUACAUUACACAGAAAACAAGAGUCAAGUAUUUCGAUAAUUAGCAGGUUUGCUCACCGUUUCAAGGCUGCUCUUGGCAACUGUGCAAGUUUGUCCAGGAUGAUGUCAAUCACCCACUUCUACAUAUGGUACUUCCUGUGCAUGGGCUUGGGUCUUGCCAGCGUGGUAUGUGUGUGUUUGUGGAACAGCCACUGGCGUGGCGGUUUUGCAUGGGACGGCUCUUCCCUUCAGUUCAACUGGCACCCGGUCCUGAUGGUAACUGGUAUGCUGGUGCUAUAUGGCAACGGAGCUGUUUUGUACCGUGUCCCUCUGACUUGGGGUGAGAAUAAGCUUCCUUGGAAGCUUCUACAUGCUGCACUGAUGCUCGUGGCGCUGAUUCUUUCAGUUAUUGGACUUUGUGCCGUUUUUGGAAAUCACAAUGUCUCAAAUAUCCCAAAUUUAUACUCCUUGCACAGCUGGAUUGGAAUCAUCACCAGCGUUCUUUUUGCUACACAGUGGGCAGCAGGAAUGGCCGUCUUCCUUGUGCCCUGCUCCGCUGGUUCACUGCGUAAACUUCUGAAACCCCAACAUGUCUGGUUGGGAGGGAGCUUAAUGACACUUUGCAUUGCAGCCUGUAUCUCCGGCAUUAAUGAAAAACUCUUCUUUGUCCUGAAAGGAAAUACCAAUGGGUCUCUGCCAUAUUCUCAACUUCCUCCUGAGGCCAUGUUGGGAAAUUCAUUAGGAGUCUUGAUUGUAGCUUUUCGCUUAGUUGUGCUCAAGAUAUUAUCCAAUCAUGAGUGGCAGAGGCCAGAAAAUCAGCCACUAGAUGUGCCUUACGCGCCAUGACUUCAAGAAGAAAAUCAAUAAUGACAUUGCUGUCCACCAUUGUCGAAGCCAAAUUGAAGUAUUUCGUGGAACCAAAGCAGAUGGCUUUUAAAUCGAGUUCUGUUCUUGAAUGUACAGACUUGACACGCUUUGUAUUUAAGAGGUAAACUAUACGUGUAUUUA